AACAGAGAUACACCUCGAUCCUGUGCAAAGAUGUGGCUCAUUGCACCGUUUCUUGUCAUCGCGACAGCUCUUGGAAAUCCAGAAGAAAACAUUGGUAUAAAAAAUGCCAAACUGUUUGAAGGAGAUAUGAUUUUAAGCACAGCUCAGCGGUUAGCUGCCAUGAAAGGAUUAGAUGUAGAUAGAGCGAGGGGAAACGCAAGAGGCUCAGUCAUGAAUAUGCAGUGGCCAGGAGGGGUAAUGAUCUAUGAUAUUGCAACGAAGAUAGCGAGGGACGCUAAAAUGAUGUCCAUUCUCAACAAAGCCAUGAAGCAAUGGACCAGUAAGACCUGCAUACGAUUCCAAAAGCGCCAACGAGAGCAUGGGUACGCCUAUUUCCACGUAGGCCAAGGUUGUUCCUCUGAAGUGGGUUAUCAGAGGAGACUCCAAUACAUUUCACUUGGCAAUGGCUGUUGGAGCGUGGGAACAGCAGCACACGAGAUUGGGCACGCUCUAGGAUUUUACCACGAGCAAUCUCGUCCAGAUCGAGACAACUACGUAACCAUAUACAAACAAAAUAUAAUGCAAGGCAUGGCCUACAACUUCAAUAAGUACGGAAGAGAUACCAUUGACUCACUGGGUACACCGUAUGAUUACGCAAGUGUGAUGCAUUAUGACUCAUAUGCAUUCAGUGCCAAUAGAAGACCAACGAUCUUGCCCAAUAAGCAAGGGGUGACUAUUGGUCAACGUAACGGAAUAAGUAGCAUGGAUGCAAAGCAGAUGAACCUUCUGUACAAAUGCCAGGGUGCUAGCGGAAACGGCGGAAAUGGUGGAGCCGGCGAGACUGGCGGUGGAAACAGCGGUUGUCAGGAUGGUCACAAAAACUGUCGAUACUGGGCAUCAAUCGGAGAAUGCCAAAAGAACCCAAACUAUAUGCUAAAGACUUGCUGCAAGAGUUGCAAAGCUGUAACAGGGUGUGACGAUACGGACAAGAAUUGCGCUUACUGGGCAUCCAUCGGUGAGUGCAAGAAGAACGCUAAUUGGAUGUUGAGCCACUGCAAGAAAAGCUGCCGCAACUGCUGAAAAUGUAGCACUUAUAGUGACGUUUGAGCAGCUGAAGUAAA